UGUACAGGCGUAUGAGCUUCCAAAAAAGGCAGGAGGAGGGACUGUGGAGGAUUAGACAGCAGCUUUGCUACAAAAGACACAAGCCACAAUCAUUCCGGCCAACAAGCAGGGAGCUCUCACCGUACACAGCUCCGUCAAAGGCAGGAUAAGGCGGAGAAAAUAUUAUCCCUCUUGGUUUAUUAGGAAGCUAUUGCGAUCCAGCUUGGCGGGAAGGCAAACAGCUCUGGGAUAAUGCUGACAGCCUGACGAGGUCCGCUGCCAAGGCAACACGUCGCCUACCCUGCAAAUCUGAAGACACUCCAGCAACCCUUAUGCGCAUGGUGCCAAAAAUGAGGGAAAGCAUGCCACAGACACCAAUAUUUCCCAGCAUGCUUGGCUCUUCCUGUAGUGGACAGGUACAGCCAGAAAUGGGGGAGCAAUGUGGAGAUCCAGUAUAUCAAGAUGGCUGUUUGGUGUCUGGGUCCUUGGAAGCCUUGAUUGAACGCCUGGUGCCUACGGUGGAUUACUAUCCAGAUAGAACCUACAUCUUCACCUUCCUGCUGAGUGCACGUGUUUUCAUCCACCCCCAUGAGAUUCUAGCAAAAGUGGGACAGAUCUGCAUCAAACAGAAACAACAGCUGGAAGCCGGAACAGAGGCUGACAAGGCUAAACUCAAGUCUUUUGCUGCUAAGAUCAUCCAGCUACUGAGGGAAUGGACUGAGACGUUUCCUUUCGACUUCCAGGAUGAAAGGGCCAGGAAGGAGCUAAAGGAGAUUGCACAGAGGAUCACACAAUGUGAUGAGAUAUUUUUCUUAAUUCCCUUUUUAGGAAAUGGUACAAUCAAGAAGAGUAUUAGCCAGAUGACCCAGAACGUGCUGCUAGUUCUUUCCACAAGGGGCCAAUAUCAGGAAAUUCGAGAGAAAAUCCGACAACCAGUUAUGGACAAAGGGACAAUUCUCAAAGCCAAGCCGCAGUCUGCACAAAAAGAUAUCCUGAGUGUGUGUGGAGACCCACUAGUCUUUGCUCAGCAGCUCACGACAAUCGAAUUAGAGCGUCUAGGAAACAUCUACCCUGAAGAUCUAAUGCAGAUAAUCAGUCACAUGGACUCUCUGGAUAACCAUAAGUGCCGAAGUGAUGUCACCAAGACCUAUAACCUAGAGGCCUAUGAUAACUGGUUUAACUGCCUCAGUAUGCUGGUGGCUACAGAGAUAUGCAAGGUUGUAAAAAAGAAGCAGAGAACAAGAGUGAUGGAGUUCUUCAUAGAUGUUGCACGGGAAUGUUUCAACAUUGGCAAUUUCAACUCUAUGAUGGCCAUAAUUUCUGGGAUGAACCUCAGUCCUGUGGCACGGCUAAAGAAGACAUGGUCAAAAGUCAAAACAGCCAAGUUUGAUGUCUUGGAGCACCAUAUGGACCCAUCCAGCAACUUCUGCAAUUACCGCACGGCACUUCAAGGAGCAGCACAAAGAUCCCAGAGUGCCAACAGCAGCCGGGAGAAAAUAGUUAUCCCUGUGUUCAACCUGUUUAUCAAAGAUAUUUUCUUCCUUCAUAAGAUGCACCCCAAUCGAUUACCAAAUGGACACAUUCAUUUUAAGAAGUUUGUGGAGAUUUCCAGACAAAUUCACGAUUUCCUAACCUGGAAGCAGAUAGAAUGUCCAUUUGAAAAGGAUAAGAAAAUUCAGUCCUACCUUCUAACAUCUCCAAUUUACACAGAAGAAGCUCUCUUUGUGGCUUCCUUUGAAAACGAGGGUCCAGAUAAUCACAUGGAAAAGGACAGCUGGAAGUCUCUCAGGUCAACACUUUUAAACCGAGCCUGAGAGACAGUUCUUUGGUCUCCUGAAGCACACAGGAAUUUUGUUUUUUAUGUUUGUUUUUUGUUGUAUUGUGGAGAAUGUUUUGGUCAGGAAGACAGUCCUCGCUGGUUGGGGGUCUGCUGAUUUUUGUACAUAAUCUUUUACAAGACUAAAAAAUACUGGUAUAUGAAUAUAAAUAUAUAUAUAUUUCAUGCUUAAAGCACUUAUGGAAGAAAUAAAUCAGAAAGGGAUACCUGUUUUCUUACUUUUAUUGUUUAUUGUAAAGAAUAAAGAACCCUAUGCUGCUGGAAUGGCCCCUAAAAUGCAGAAUUUAUACAUGCAUUCUAUAAGCCUUUUUUCACAUAAGGGUUAGCCCCGUUUAUGCUACUACUACUACUACUAUUAUUAUUAUUAUUAUUACACAAGGGCAGGGCCCUGCUUUCUCAAAUUGAUGGUAUUUCUACAUCUAUGGGUUUUUAAUGGGCACUGGAAAACACUAUAGAUCAUUUGUCUGCCCACAUAAACUAUUGGUUGCUAAAAUAAGUAACUAUUCAUGCCACAUUUUAGAGCACUUGAGUUUCUAAAAGGUUUACUGCUAUCUGACUCUUUGGUUUAACGGUCAAUGUAUUUAUAUGGAGGAAGUUAUAGAGGCAGAUUGAUAAAAACACCAUCAACCAGACACAUUGAUAACCCAUAUAUGUUUGUCUGAUAUUAGUCAGAUUCAAUGAAGGUGCCUUUAUAAUGAUUCUUUCCAAAAAAACAUUAUAUAUAUAUAUAUAUCAAAACCACUAAACCAUAGCAAUGCAGGAAUGCAGGGUCAAACAAGGCAAAUCUCCUACUUUGUUAGGCCCCUUUCACACGAGCCAAUUUUCCAUACGGGUGCAAUGCGUGAAUCUUGGUCCAUUAACUUCUAUGGGUCUUUGUACAUGAGCAUUGUUUUUCACGCAUCAUCUCUGCUUUACAUGAAAAUUGCAGUAUGUUCUAUAUUUAGCAUUUUUAACGCAGCCCUGGUCCCGUAGAAGUGAAUAGGGCUUCAGUGAAAAACAUAUAGAUAUCUACAUCCAGAUGCAGUCCUGAUGCAAAGCAGUUUUCACUUAUGAUUGCUAAGUGAUGUAGAUUGUUGACUGCACUUGCGUGCAAAACCAUCAUUUUUUUCCUGAACAGAUCCGAACAAAAUCUGUAUCGUUCGUGUGAAAGAGGCCUUAGAAAAAUUUGAGGAAGGCCAGGCAUGGUGUUUGAGCUUUGAGAGGAGUCGGCUGGAAGUGUAACGUACCAACUCCCCGUAUAUCACUGCUGCACUAGUGGCCUCAGCAGUGACAUGUGCAGGCACAGUUUGUGACUGUCGAGGCCAUUGAUUGGCCAGCAGUGGGGAUGUGAGGGGAGUUAAUACGGUACACAUCUGGCCAGGCUCGAACCAGAAGGAGUGUGGGUGGAGAGGAAUCGCAAGAAUGGGCCAACCAGAGCAGAUGGUGGUUUUUAUUUAUUUAUUUAUUAUUUACUUACACACCAUGCCCAGCAAUUCCCAUUUUUUUUCAGGUCCUGGACAGCCCCUUUACUAUAGCACAUACAUAUACUCAUCUGGAGUUACAGGUUAAGAAUACUAUUUAAAGUGUGCCUCCACACUACGGUAUACAUCGGAUACAUCUAGCCACCAAAAAUGGCCAAUUUAUUGUCUGUAGCUCAGGAGCAGUUCAUUUAUAGCCAAAUGUUGCAUUAUCUCUCAGAACAACAUUCACUGGUUUAUAAGUCGAAGAAAUCUUUUUUUUUUUCUGUCACAUUUUUCUUCAAGUGUCCCUUUGAUACCCGAUCAGCAGUCACUGAGAUGUAAUCUGGCAAAACCCAUUUAGUCUAAGUAACCUAUGUUCGAGCUGAGACUCUUAGUACCAGACACAUUUGCCAUCAUUGUGGUUGAAGUAUUUGUAACUGCUUUUAGCUGCUUUUUUUUAGAACUAGUAAGUACUGUAUCUGACCAUACAAUGUAUUCCAUACUACACUAACUGACCGCAUGCAAACACUUGCUGGACUACGAAGAGACAUGGAAACGGCACAUCCUAAAACAAAGUCCAUUUCAUGCAACAAGACGAAUGGACAGUGUGUUGUGUAGGGGGCUUCUGUAAUGCAGGAUUGAUGGUUUCUACGCCUCAGUCAUAGUGGGACACUCAGCCUUGUAGUUAUCCCUUGGCUUAUAUUUCUCAGUACUGAAGCUUUUUUCAAAUGCACAACUUUUACACUCAGGCCUACUCAGUCCAUAACUGUAUUAUUUGGUUAUUUUGUUCUAUUCUCAUCCGCUUGUUCAAUCAAAUAUGUACCGUGAAGCAGGGUAUUCUGUGUUUGACCUAAUGUGCUUGCAUAAAUAAAUGCAGAAUUGCUUCAAAGUGAAAA